AUGGAAACUCAAGACUCAAUUACAACAACAAAUAAUCAAAAUACAGUACAGUCUUAUGAUGAAACAACUCAAUAUCCAAUAAAAACCCAAGUGACUGUAGAACAAAAUUACAAUGUACUUGAAAACUUGAUAAAAAAAGUUGGUGAUCUUGAGUUAUCUGUUUGGGAAGAAAAAACAAGAAGAAUUAAAUUAGAAAAAAAAAUAAAAAAAAUUAAGAAAAAAAAUGCUAAAGAUAAUAAAAAAAAAGAAAAAUAUAAUUCUCAAUUAUUGGCACUUGAUAAAGAAGAAAAAUCAGCUAUAGAAUUUGUUGAAUUCUAUAAGACAACUUGGUUGGAUGGUGUUGAAAAAGCUAUUGCUAGAGGAAAUAGUGUCUUUCCAGUUAUAGGAGGUGCUGUAGGUGGUUUAAUAGCUGUAGGUGUUGGAUAUAGUAAAAUUGAUAAAAUAUCUGGUAUGUAUGAAAUGGAAAAACAUGAAAAAUUAUUACAAAAAACUUAUCAAAAAUAG